CAGCUCUCGCGCGAUCAGGGAGGUGGGAAGUAUCUCAGGCUGGGGGUGGGGGUGCGCCGCACCGCUCUUGUAGCUGUCGCGGCUUCCGGUGCUAGGUGGAGGGGAGGAAGGAGGGAGCCGCGGAGCGGGCCAGGGGAGCAGCCGCGCUGAAGUCGGCUUGGGGAGCCAGAGGGAGCGAAGCGAGAGUCGCGUGGAAUUUGAAGGGCCGAGGCGGCGGCCGCUGCGGAGCAGCCGGGAGCUGGAACAGGAUCAAAUCCUCCAUACCAGGGACCAGGACAAAACCAGACACUUACUGCCUCCACUUGGGCCUCACUGUCUUCAAAACACAGCUGCUGUGAUCAUGGGCAAUAUCUUUGGAAACCUUCUCAAGAGCCUGAUUGGGAAGAAAGAGAUGCGCAUCCUGAUGGUGGGCCUGGAUGCUGCAGGAAAGACCACCAUUCUGUACAAGCUGAAACUGGGAGAGAUUGUUACUACCAUCCCUACUAUUGGCUUCAACGUGGAGACAGUGGAGUAUAAGAACAUCAGCUUUACAGUGUGGGAUGUGGGUGGCCAGGACAAGAUUCGACCCCUCUGGAGACACUACUUCCAGAACACCCAAGGGUUGAUAUUUGUUGUGGACAGCAAUGAUCGGGAGCGAGUAAAUGAGGCCCGGGAAGAGCUGAUGAGGAUGCUGGCUGAGGAUGAGCUCCGGGAUGCUGUGCUCCUUGUCUUUGCAAACAAACAGGAUCUGCCUAAUGCUAUGAAUGCUGCUGAGAUCACAGACAAGCUGGGCCUGCAUUCCCUGCGUCACCGCAACUGGUACAUUCAAGCCACCUGUGCCACCAGUGGGGACGGGCUGUACGAAGGCCUGGACUGGCUGGCCAAUCAGCUCAAAAACAAGAAGUGAGAGCCAGGCAGCCCUAUCCGAGCGCCCCAUCCACCCCUGACAUACCUGUUGAUUCCCCACUCCAGCCUUACCCCUUCCUUCCCAUUGCAAGCGUGGCCAGGGACCUGGGUGUCAUGUCCGCAUGCCCAGCAAGAGCCUUGCCCCCCCAGUUUCUCCUUCUGUCCCCUGUCCACCGACAUGACCAGUCCCCAUUUGCUGUCCUGUUGAUGAAUCAUUCCAAUUUAUUGGAUUUAAAACAAAAACAAGGUUGUUAUGGUU